GCUGCGACCACUUCGGCGGCGGCGGGCGUGAAAAGCGCCUCCUUCCCUUCCUCGCUGCUUCGGCUCGGCCCGGGAGCCCUCAUGGCUUCCCGCGGUGAGGAAGAGACGGUGUUGUUCAGACGCGGGGCCGGGCAGAGUGAUGAUUCUGAUAUAUGGGAUGAUACUGCCCUGAUAAAGGCUUAUGAUAAAGCAGUUGCAUCUUUCAAGAAUGCUUUGAAGAAUGGAGACUGUUCAGAGCCUUUGGAUAAAAAUGAGCAAAAUGCUGGGACAAAAAGAAAAAACAACAAAAAGAAUAAGAGCAGGAAGAAGAGUAAUGCUGCACCACAGAAACAGUGGAGAGUGAAUGAUGCAUGUAGUGCAGUUUGGUCUGAAGAUGGCAAUGUGUACCAAGCAACUAUUACCUCAAUUAACUGGAAGAAAGGGACUUGUAUAGUUGUUUAUACUGGAUAUGGAAAUAAGGAAGAGCAAUAUCUGUCUGAUCUGCUACCACCAGUGGAUGCUGAAGGAACAACUGACGAGAGAAGUGCUGCAGAGAAUGAAUAUGAGACUCAGUAUUCAACAGAUGAAAGUGAUCUCUCCUUCCAGUCGCCUGGAAGCAAACACAAUCAUCCAAAAUCAGCACAGUGGAACUCUCACUUUCCUCCACCACUACCACCUAUACCUGGCCUGGGAAGGGCUGGAUCGAAAUUCAGUGGACCCCCGCCUUUCUUAUCUGGCUGGCCUCCACCCUUUCCAUCAGGACCACCGUUGAUUCCACCACCACCACCUUUAAGCCCAGACUCUGAUGAUGACGAAGCAUUGGGAAGUAUGCUAAUAGCCUGGUAUAUGAGUGGCUAUCACACUGGCUAUUAUCUGGGUCUAAAGCAGAGUCGAAUGGAAACUGCCUUGGGGAGGCACACCCACUCUAAGUAGCUAUAAUAAUCUUGGAUGGAACAUGAACUUAGCAUUGGCAACAAUUCUGAAACAAUUCAUGGCCUAUACGAUCUUCUUAAAACUAGAUUUUAAAACAUCUCUCCCACGGAGAGGGACACUCCACCUGUACAAUGAUUAGCAAAAAAUGAAGCUUUCACUGGUACCAAGAUGACUGACUGGAUAACCCACCCCACCCCCAAGAGUGGUGUAUCACUUAUGCACUGGCCAGCAAUGAUAUUUUGACUACUAGCAAGAUUACUGACUGGAUAACAUUGCUUUUAUCAUCGAUUGUCUGUAUCUUGUAAGUCUAGAACAGGCACCUAAUUACUGACUGAAUUAUCAACUUCAUGUGAAUGAUCUAGGGUUUCAAUGACUAAGUCAGUCCUCCAAGUUGUAAAAUAUUUUUGCUUCUAAACUCUGCAAUGUUAAUAUGCUGACCGUUGCAUUUUGACAAAGUGAAGCUGAUUUUAUGGAUCUUAACCAUACUUUUGAGAUUCCAUAGAUACUAUAAUUUCAUAUAACUCUCUUGUAGAUAAGGAAUUAAAUAUUUCUUCCAGGUGCCUCUUACAGCACUGGUGUACAUAACUUUCUAGUUACGGAAGACAGUUAGUGAUCUGAACCACCACUAAACAGGUGUUUGGGGUUUCCAGCUUUCCAAAUAGGGUUAGAACAAAUCCCUAUGCCAGUGAAAAGGAAAAUAUUACUUUGUCACUCAACUUGUUUCAAAUGGUGGUCAAUAAAAUAAUUUUUUCCAA